AUGAACACUGUGGACGAGAUUCGGGCCAAAAGUGAUUUGGCAUCGACAACAGCUGCUCUUUCUCGAAUGGCGUACCAGGGCUCAUAUUACCUUCUCUGGACACAGCAGACUCACCUCUUCAAUGAGAUUGAUCUGCUCAAGUAUCACAUUGCAGAUAUAGAGCGACAGUUACUGAAAGGGCACGAGACACUCAAUCAUCCAGACACGAAACGACUUGAGAGGAGAAAAGCGAAAUGGGCAGCUAAUUCACAACGGAAGUACCUCACACACCUAGAGCGCGCCCUACACUCGCUCUUACGAUCUCUAUCGGCUUGCCAGGCACAAAUCGCUCGCAUACACUCUGAAGUCUCCUGGCAAACAGAUAAACAUGCCAAUCCUUGGACCAUGUACCACGGUCUUCAGGACAGUGACACAAUACCUACACUAGAAACACAUCAGCCUAGAGUCCGCUCAUCUAGUCCCGACUCUGGAUUCUCAGAGCCAGCUUUGUAUGCUCAACCAUUCGACCUUGACUUGACUGAAGAUCAAACCACCCACGUCUUCUCCCACGAGCUUCAACAUCCACUACCCUUGACGAUAAGAACGCAAGUAAUGGAGCAACUGUCUACACCCGUACGAAAAACACAUUUGAGUCCCUCAGCGGACGACUUCACCCCAACGCCAAAGGCAUCUCACAAAGCCAUAAGCCCACUCGCUGUCCCGUUCAGUCCCUUUGUCUUUGCCAAAACCAACCCACCAGGGCCGAAUUCGCCUAUAAAUGCAAGACCAUUGUUUACACAACCAAUUUGGACCUCUUCAUUCGAUUGGAGCGAGCAGAUUGACGAUGAGAUGACGCCUGUGUCGCCCCGAGCAAAGACAGAAGAGCAGGACGCAAAGAAGAGACCUGAGAAACGGUAUUCUAUUGCUGCGAUUGAGUUGAUUGAGAGUCGUCUGAAGCACAAGAGACAGAUUAGUGAGGUGUCGAGGCGCUUGAUGGCGCAAGGCUGA